UCACGGUAAGAACAUUUGUAGUGCAAAAAGGAUUAGAGUUUGAAAGUUAUUUUGGCACCAGAUUGCCACUAGUUUAAAUGGGAAGCACUGAAAUAGCUGAGAUGUUCCAGACCUAAGGCAUUAUUCAACAUAAAUUUAAGUCAUUGAAAUCUGAGCACAGAAAUCAUUUGCUGAUAUCUAUUACUCUGUCAGAAAAAAAGGUGGAAAGUGGCACUUGCAAAUUAUAUACUAUUCUGGUCUUGGGCUUAAGCUACUUCCUCAUUACUCUUUGUUAAAAGUAGAAUAAUUUCAAAAUGGUGGUGUGCCUGAGUCACUGAGGGAGGGUAGGGGGAAAAAUGACUCAUGUGAAGUUUUUUUAGUAGUGCCAAUCUCUGCUCUUCACCAAAACCAAGAGACACAGUGAUGUGAAGAUCCUUCAUGUGCUUUACAGGAAGGCUCUUUGAGUCAACAAUAAUCAGAAGAAAAUGCGAACAUUUGUCUCAAUAGUCCAGAAUGCCUGGGGAAUUUUUACAUCAGAAAGGAAGCCCGGCUGGAAGUAUCUCAUGCAGCUUUUUGCAGUUUGCGCUACAGUUGGCUUCCUCUCAAGUGUGAUCUUCUUUCUGGCCAUGAAUUUCUCCCUAGCACACCGACCUUUAGAUUCCUUACUGAUUUCUGGAUUCAUCUGGAUCACGCUUUCUGUUGCACUCUGUUAUUUCAAGCACCUGCGCUGUUUUAGCAUUCUGUUCAUUCUUUCCUGUGGACUGCGAGAAGGCAGAAAUGCUCUUAUUACUGCUGGUACAGGUGUUGUGGUAGCUGGCAACAUCCAAAGUAUUUUUCACAACCUAAAGGUUCUGGCAGACAGCAUCACCUGUCAUUUAGAGGUUGAGCAAUUUGCCUUGAUAAAACAUUACGCUGAGGCAAUAAAAUGGAUUUACCAGAAGGCCAAGUUUUCCACAGACCUAUCUAAAGACAUAGUGUCAUUAAGUCAUGAAUUCACAUCAUCUCACUCAAUUUCAGAUGAUGCAUUGAAACAACAGCUAAAUAACACAAAACAAGAAAUCCAGAGAGUUGCUAACCAGAUAUCUUUUAUGCUGACUAUACUGCCCAAUAUAGGCCAGAAAGCAUUGCCUAUAAUGGGAAUUUUUCUAGUUUCUUUAGGUACAGGCCUCUUUAUCAAAAAAUUUGUGGGGGCUCACAGUGCAAAGUUUAAAAAUACUUAUAUCACAAAGCAGUUUGUUGCAUUUGAUGACCAUCAAAGGCAACAGCAAAAGCCAUGCAUUCUGCCACUGAACACAAAUGAAAGAAAAGCUUAUGUGACAAUCCCAUCUUUUUGCCUCACGUGGAAGGAUGGAAAAAACAUGCAGCAUUUUUUUCUCCCUGUAAUUGUUCAUCUUUGCAUCUGGCUUCUAUUUGCAGCAAUAGAUUACUUGCUUUAUUGGUUAAUUAUUUCUGUGAAUAAGCAUCUCCAAGAAUUGCCAGAUCUAGAGAUUGGACUCAGCCUCUUUCAGCAAAGAAACGAGAACGACUUUAUCAUUGGUAAUAGGCAGCUUACUGUAAAGAAUGACCUUUUGAAGAUCUCUCUGUUUAAGCAUGACUGCAUCCCUAAACCAGAACUCUAUCUGUCCACAACAUGGAUCCAGCUUGGAAUCAUCAUCUUCUUCUUAAUAAUUUUGGGGUUAUUCUCUGGUGUCCUCACCCAGCUUAAAAUACUUGUAUCUGCUUCGUUUUAUCCUGACACUGAGAUGAAACGGAUAUAUUAUCUACAUGCAAAAUUACUCAAGAAAAGAGCAAAGCUACAACAAAAAACUGUGAAGAAGAACUCAUUUGCUAGAACGGUUAACUUUUGGUUUCCAAUACUCAAGGCAAGAGUGGCAGUGAGGAAGAAAGAAAGGAAUAUGCUAAAUGACAACACAGCAUGAAAGAGGCCAAGUGCUUCUUUGGAUAAGAUUGAAAUUUUCUGGCUCCACAAGGCCCUGUGUAUUGCACUCACGUUUCUAGAAAGUAUUUUCCUAUGGUAUUUCAAUUUUAAAAUGUAAAAAUAGGACCAAAGGCUAACAGUGGUUUGGAGAAGCUGGUAUUUAUCAGGAAAUCACAGGAGACAGCAUGCUCUUCACCACAGAGAACUCCUGGUUGCAUUAAUAUUCAUUUAUGCUUUAACUUGGGGGUCUACAUUGUUUCGCACUUUAAACAGUCACGGAGGGUCUGUUCCCUUGCAUGGAACCCAUUAAACAGCUUGGAGCCUUGUUGACUGCUACACUAAUCUCUCUCAGUGGAACUAACAGAGAACAUGAUGGUAGCAGCAGAUUUGUCUUCUUUGUGCUUGUCAGGUAUGAAGACAAAAGGCACAGCAGAGGUUGUCCAUUGGCUUCUGGGCCAGCCAAAAACCUGACCUAGUGGACCCAGAUGUUUCUAGUCAUUUCUAUCAGGCUUGACCCUCAGCCACCCUAAACCCUUCAGUUUGUUUCUUUCCCAACCCUGACUUCUUACACCUGGUCCUACCUCCGUAGCUGUCUAUUCCCUACGGCAAGAGUGUUGUUAGUCUUCUCUCCAGACCUCUAUGUCCUCUCAGUCUUCUAGCCCAGGUGAACUUUCCCUCCCUCUCACCUCAGCUCCCUCACUUACUUUAUCUGAUUUGUCUCUCAGAAAUUUCUAAUGCUAGCCUCCCAUCCUGGUAUCCUCACUUCGUUUUGAUUUCCCACUUACACCUCUUGGUAGACCAUAUCAUUAGUGCAGCUUGUCCCAUAACUUUGAUGGUCAUGAGAGAGGUAGAGUAGCAAGCAAAGAAGAGGGAGCGCUCACAAGAGCUAGAAUACAAUGGAAUGAAGUGCUGUGGGUGCAAAGGACCUGAUUUGGAGGUGUAUGGGAAUACGAGCAGAGAUGGACAGUACUUCAAAUCUUGCAUUCUGAGGGAGUUUGCAGAAGGGGCAAAAAUCGGCUUAAUUAUGGUGCUAAAGCUACCAUUAGCUUAUAUGAAACAGAAUUAAGCCAAUGCUGAGUGCUUCACCUAUUCAACUAAAAUCAGGGCUGUGACCUUCAUAUGACACAGUGAACAGAUGUCAAAAGCAUAAAGACAUAGGAAUGGUUUGUCUGAAGUGGCACUGGAGGUUUAAUGCAUAGCUAAAAAUGAAACCCACAACAUCCAGUGUACUCUUGGCUUUCUAGGCUGCAU